UUGGUAACAGACGCGCUCUCCGCACUUCCGGGUUUCCAAAAACGUAACAUUUCUUACAGUCAUCUCCUCAUUUAGCUAGGUAGCAAUAUCAAUGUUCGUCUGUGGCUCCGUAACUUUAUAAUAUUGACGAUUCGGUGAUAUCCGCUGUGUUGUUGGUUGGUAAAAAAACACACGGGCUAUCGUAAUGUUUGAGUCAGAGCCGCGGGCUGGGGUAACGGAGGAGGAGGAGAGGAGAGAGGCAGAGCAGCUAGAGACAGAGUUGGAUAAAUACUUCUUCACGGUGUUUGACGGCUCGUCUCCUGAAGAUGUGUCUCACGCCAAGCAGCUGUGGACCUCUUUGUCACUGCUGCCUCCGCUAGAGUCCCGCCUGGUCAACGCAGACAUCCGCCAGAGGCUGCCGAUAGCCCGGACAAACCAUGAGACACUCCUGGUAGUCGACACCAAUGCUGCUCUCAAACCAUCUUCUUCGGACCAUAGAGAGAGGCUGCAGGAGGUUCGCCAUCAGAAGCAGAGACAGGAGGACAGGCUGCAGGAGGUUCGCCAUCAGAAGCAGAGACAGGAAGAGAGACAGAGAUACAUGGACAUGGCCAGACGGAGAGAGGACAUCAUCAACAUGCUACAUCAACAGAGACAGAAGAGGAUUCAGAGGGAAACAGUCUCACUCCCCUACAAGCCUAGGCAGAGGGACAGGAGUGAGAGGCUGGCUCUUAACCCCCCGGGGCACCUGGACACAGACGUGGAGGAGGUCCGAAGGCUUCAGUAACACACAGACCUCGGCGUCAGAACAGAACCAGGCGGAUCCAUGUCUGCAGGAGUUUUAGUUACAGUGACUUCCUGUUUUUAUAAAGUCUGUCUUUG